CCUCAGCAGCAGCAGCAGCUCGUCUGCCUUUAUCCCACCACUGCUGAUGAUGAGGAUGAUGAUGCUCUGCAGCUCUGAAUGAAUCCACAGUCAAUGGCCCGCUGCUGGACGGCUGCGCAAUGAACGCAUCGGCGUUUUACGGAGGGAUAGCGGGGAUGAUUAUGAAUUUCUUGUGUUUUCUGUGGAUACUGCCGGCGGUGUGGGCUGUGGAAGAAGUACUAAUGGACUCAACAACAGCAACUGCAGAACUGGGCUGGACCAUCUACCCAUCACAGGGGUGGGAAGAAGUCAGCGGCUAUGAUGAACACAUGAACACCAUACGAACAUACCAGGUGUGCAAUGUCUUUGAUAGCAGCCAGAACAACUGGGUACGCACCAAAUACAUCCGCCGCCGUGGUGCUCAGCGCAUCCACGUCCAGAUGAAGUUCUCAGUGCGUGACUGCAGUUCUAUACCCAAUGUCCCUGGCUCCUGCAAGGAGACCUUCAACCUGUACUACUAUGAGUCAGACUCAGACAUGGCUACUAAAUCAUCCCCAUCCUGGAUGGAGAACCCCUGGGUGAAAGUGGACACUAUAGCAGCUGAUGAAAGCUUCUCUCAGGUUGAUCUUGGUGGACGCAUCAUGAAGAUUAACAGUGAAGUCCGGAGUUUUGGACCUGUUUCGCGCAAUGGCUUCUACCUCGCUUUCCAGGAUUACGGUGCCUGCAUGUCACUCAUUGCUGUCAGAGUCUUCUACAGAAAAUGUCCCAGAGUGAUCCAAAAUGGUGCCGUCUUCCCUGAGACUCUGUCUGGAGCAGAGAGCACCUCACUGGUGGCUGCCAGAGGGGUGUGUGUUCCCAAUGGGGAGGAGGUGGAUGUACCCAUUAAGCUGUACUGUAAUGGGGAUGGGGAAUGGAUGGUACCCAUCGGGCGUUGCAUGUGCAAAGCUGGCUAUGAAGUGGUGGACAACGGUACACUCUGCAGAGCUUGUGCAUCAGGCUUCUUUAAGGCUGCACAGGGAGACCACAAAUGUCUGCAGUGCCCCAUUAACAGCCGAACCACAAGUGUUGGAGCAACAAAUUGUGUCUGUCGCAACAGCUACUACCGCACUGACUCUGACCCUCUACAGAUGCCCUGCACCACUGUUCCAUCAGCUCCACAAAAUGUCAUCUCCAUAGUGAAUGAAACCUCUCUGAGGCUGGAUUGGAGCCCACCACAGGAGAGCGGUGGCCGAGAAGACGUUGUCUACAACAUCAUAUGUAAGAGCUGUGGCAGUGGGCGGGGUGGCUGCACCCGCUGUGGAGACAAUGUGCAGUUUGUCCCUCGUCAGCUGGGACUGACUGACACCCACGUCCACAUCAGUGACCUCCUGGCUCACACCCAGUACACAUUUGAAAUACAAGCUGUCAAUGGAGUAUCUGACCAGAGUCCUUAUUCACCACAGUACACCUCUGUCAACAUCACCACCAACCAGGCUGCACCAUCAGCAGUGUCCAUCAUCCACCAGGUCAGUAGAACCCCUAACAGCAUCACACUGUCCUGGUCCCAGCCUGAUCAGCCCAAUGGAGUUAUCCUGGACUAUGAGCUGCAGUACUAUGAGAAGAACCAGGCCGAGUGGAACUCAUCUCUAACACGGAGUCAGACCAACACUGCAGUCAUACGAAGCUUGAAACCUGGAACGAUCUAUGCCUUUCAGGUUCGGGCUCGGACUGUUGCUGGAUUUGGACGCUUUAGUGGCAAAAUGUACUUCCAGACCAUGACUGAGGAAGAAUAUAACUCCAGUAUCCAGGAGAAACUCCCCCUCAUCAUUGGUUCUGCUGCUGCAGGGGUAGUCUUCAUCAUUGCCAUCACUGUCUUCAUAGUUGUCUGCCGCAGGAGAAGUUCAGAUAGACCAGAAUCAGAGUACACAGACAAACUCCAACAUUACACCAGUGGUCACAUGUCACCAGGAAUGAAGAUCUACAUUGACCCCUUCACUUAUGAAGACCCCAAUGAAGCAGUCAGAGAGUUUGCGAAGGAGAUCGACAUUUCCUGUGUCAAGAUUGAACAAGUGAUUGGUGCAGGUGAGUUUGGGGAGGUAUGCAGUGGAAACCUCCGUCAACCUGGGAAGAGAGAGAUCCUCGUGGCUAUUAAGACACUGAAAGCAGGCUACACUGAACGCCAGAGGCGGGACUUCCUAAGUGAGGCAUCAAUCAUGGGCCAAUUCGACCAUCCAAACAUCAUCCAUCUGGAGGGCGUGGUGACCAAAAGCAGCCCUGUGAUGAUCAUUACUGAGUUCAUGGAGAACGGCUCCCUCGACUCCUUCCUCAGGCAAAAUGAUGGGCAGUUCACAGUGAUCCAGCUGGUGGGAAUGCUGCGAGGUAUAGCAGCUGGAAUGAAGUACCUGUGUGACAUGAACUACGUCCAUCGAGACCUGGCAGCUAGGAACAUCCUGGUCAACAGCAUGGUGUGCAAGGUGUCUGACUUCGGCCUGUCGCGCUUCCUUGAGGAUGAUACUUCAGACCCCACCUACACGAGUGCACUGGGAGGAAAGAUUCCCAUCCGGUGGACGGCUCCAGAGGCCAUCCAGUACAGGAAGUUCACCUCCUCCAGUGAUUGCUGGAGCUAUGGCAUUGUCAUGUGGGAGGUGAUGUCAUAUGGAGAGAGGCCGUACUGGGACAUGAGCAAUCAAGAUGUCAUCAAUGCCAUAGAGCAGGACUACAGGUUACCACCCCCUAUGGAUUGUCCUAGUGCAUUGCAUCAGCUGAUGCUGGAUUGCUGGCAAAAAGACCGGAACAACCGGCCCAAAUUCAGCCAGAUUGUCAGCACUUUAGACAAGAUGAUCCGCAACCCUAACAGCCUCAAGGCCAUGACACCACUGUCAUCAAGUGUUCACCUACCUCUGCUUGAUCGCAGCACUCCAGACUUCUCCUCUUUCAGUACAGUGGAUGAGUGGCUGGAUGCCAUUAAGAUGGGCCAGUACAAGGAGAGCUUUGCCAACGAAGGCUUCACCAGCUUUGAUGUGGUGUCCCAAAUGACCAUGGAGGACAUCCUCAGAGUGGGAGUGACAUUAGCCGGCCACCAGAAAAAAAUCCUCAACAGCAUCCAAUCCAUGAGGGCCCAGAUGAACCAGAUCACUUCAGUGGAAGUGUGAUUUCACAGACCAGGAACACACAGGCUCUGAUUACUGCAGGAAACCCAGCAGCCACCAACCCUGCAUUCUCCUGGAACCUCUGAGGAAAAGCUGAUGACCUGCACACAGACUGACUUCAAUCCAACCUCAGCUCACUGUCCCACCCUCCCUCCAAAUUCUUUCCAGAAGGUUCCAUCAGUCUGCAGCACAGCACAGAUGUUUGGUGUUUUCUUGUAGCUGUUUCAUGUCCAGGUAACAGUUAUGCUUGUGGGUUUGAUGUUGUAUUUUACAGUCAUCUAGACCCAGUCUUCAAACUGUUCAGUCCAUGUCUAUUUAAUGAGACACCUUGUUAUUUUAAUUAAUUUUAUUAAAUGGUAACACAGCACAGUUGGCUUCACUGCCACCAAGUUGAAACAUUCAGUAAGAAAUCAAGUUUCCAAACUUGCUCUCACACUUAGAUGCACAAGACUCACUAUUGAAAAUGAAUAAGAGUGAAUGAAAGUAGUGGUAGAAUUCUAUUAAAAGCCCGCAGCAAAAUACAUGACAUUAUUAGCUGGCAGCACCCAUUGUUUUCAGUGAAGCAUGUGAAGCACUGACACGGCUGACUAUUGCUCUGUUACACAGUGAUAAUGGUCUUCUAGUUUUUCACUGUGAGGAAACAGGCACAGCUGGUGCCCUGGCUGUUUUAAUUAGUUAUAGUUUAAACAACUUAAAACAACCUAACUUACCUACCUUACCUUAACCUAAGAAGUGAUAGUUCAGGUCAUAUGAUGUGGGGUUGUUUGAGGUACUCAUGCAUAGUCUUCAGAUUCAGAUCAGCAUCCUCUCAGUUUUAGAGAAGUAGCAGGGAGCUGAGUGAUGUUCUGCUGUGGACGGGCUCAGCAGACAAAAUCUGUUUUAUCCACUUAAAAAAUACCUACGGAAAAAAGCCAAUAUCUGUCUAAGUGUUUGUUAUUUUUGGAAUAUUUUCACUGCUUUAGCUGCCGUCAAACAACACUUUGGGAUGACAUAUUCUCAACCGCUGAACUACUGUAUUCCUACACACAAGCUCACUGUGGUUUCACUGUCCUAUUUACUGUGGAGUAGAGAGUUACUGUAAAGUCUGGCUCAUGGGCUUAAAGUAAUAUAUUUCAUGUUUUUUGGGAGUAAUAAGUGUCAAGGUGAAAACACAGUCAUCAUAUUGUACAUAUCAUUGCUUGAUUUUGGCAUACACUGCCCCAAAAAAGCUGACUGAUGUUGAUUACAGUUAUUACAACUCCCCAACUAAUGUGCAAUCUUUAUUAGUUUAUAUGCUACUUGAUUUUAAGAAACUAUAACUGUAAACUAUAAUAGUACCCCAACUUUCUUGCUCAGUUGUUGCUGUUUUAAAACACAAUACAGAUUGCAUUGCAAUCACCAAAGAAAAAAUAUGUCAGUUUUCUGUAUCUCACCUAAUGCCCAAACUGGAGGACAGAUUUGUGUCUGUUGAAUCACUCACUGCACAUUUAUUACACUCAACAACAAAGCAUAGCCUUUAGCAUUUAGCAAAAUUUCUGUGUUCCUCUUUUUAAUUGGGACUACCACCACAAACUAAACUAGACAAUUUGUCAGUAUGAGAUCUGUAACUCCUCAUUAUGAGAAGACAAAUUUCUUAUUUUUUGUAAAAAUUCAAUAUUUUCUUAUAAUUAUGUCAUACAGGUAUCACAAUCAAGAAAAAUGUAUGUUAUAUGUUGUUGUAGUCCCAUUAAUGAAGAGGGGGCACACACAGGGUACUGAACUUGCAGUCAGUGGUUCAAACAUAUCCAUCUGUCCCGCUGGAUAUGAAAUAAUGUCCAUAAAGAGCUUUAAGUUGUGCUAAGACUAAAAUUGGGAUUUUGUUGCUGUUAUGCAAUUUAAAAAGCAACUCCAAAAUAUUGCUACCAGCACAGCUGGUUGUGAUCAGGUGCAGUCUGCUGUAUUCAUGACCACAUUCAUCUGCGAUGUAUCAUUGCACAGAUGUAUCAUACAGUCAGCAGUGUUUUCCUGCACAGAGUCUGACCCUGUAGCAACCACUAGUUGCUGGCACUAGCAGAAUUUUGGCCAGUGUUCAGUUACUCCAAACAAAAGCUGGUAGUGGAACUUUACGGUGUUACCAUGUUACCUUCUGUUUGUAUGUCAUUUUAUGGUUGGGUUACAGAACAUGAGCCCAAGGUAUAUACAUGUGAAGGUGUUAUACAAGAUUCACUUUCCAAGAGCCUCAACAUACAUUCACUUUUGGGGGUUGGGUGGGGGGGUCAUAAUUUUGUUUUUGUUUGGUUGUUUUUCUUGUGAGGACAGUGUGACAUCUCAAGAAAGAAGGCAUCAUGACCAAAAUCAAAAUGAGUGUUUAUCCUCUCAGGUUUUUUUGGGGGAAAUACAGGUCAUGUGCUCCAUCUUGACACCAUAAAGUAUGAACCCUCUGACUAUGCUCUGAUUAUCUGUCCAAGUGCAUAUUCCCUUUAUGGUUUAAGAUGGUCCAGCUGAGUUUCAGAAACCACUUUGGGUGGAAAACAUGAUUUUUAAACUUCACAGGAACAGUAGACUCUCAGAACUCUAUUUUGUUUUUGUUUUUUUUUAAAUGUGAAUUUUGAUAAAACUGUGUUUUUUAUAAAUGUUAGAAGAAUAAUUUAUACUUCACAGUACAGAAAAGUGAAUUCUCACCUUGUGAUGUCUAAGUCUUUUUUUUUUUGGUAUUAGGGCAUUUGGCAAAUUAAACCUCUUCCUUCAACUGUACCAGCACAAGGCACAGCUUUAUCCAUUCACUGUUAAUGUAUUGUAUAUACAUGAGUCCUUAAUGACCUCAAACCCUUUUAGCUUGGUCUUGUUUGUAAAUGGUUAGGGUGUCCUCAAUUCAUAUAAGGUCAUCCUUAUUUUGUGAUAGCCUCCAAUAGCACCCCAAAGGUCUUCCCAGCUAACAGGUUAAAUAGUCAGGAAUGUCAGUUCUUCUUUAUGGUCUGCUCACGAAAUCACAGUUAAACAAAAACAAAAACCAAAAACAAAAAGAACAUGUAGUGCAGGUUUGAACUUUCAUUGUUGCUGAUUUUAUGUUUUACUCACACUGGCUGGAUAGCCCUGCACUUUACCUCCGUCUUAUUUUUACAUGUAAGUGAACACUGAGGUCAUAAGCUGGAGUUUGAAGAAAUUAACUUGUACAAUCUGUUCUGGUGCAUGCUUGAACAUAUUCUAUAUGUUUCAUGAACUGUACAAGACUAGCUCAUCUCAAAAGCACAUUAGACACUACACACACAGGGAGUGUGCAUGUGCGUGUGCUGGUGUCGUUUUGCAAUUUUCAUGGCUGCAGUCUAAAACAUGCUUCACAGCUCUCAUUUGAAGCUUUUCCAACAACUGAUUUUUUUUCACAUUCUCCUUUUAUCUUUGAUAUUUAAUAAAUGUUGUUCAGUCAGAUUUUCAAUACCAGUCUGCACUAUUUUAUCGUACGUGUGUGUGCAUAUGUGUGCAUUAUUGUAAUAAUUCUCCUAUAUGUUUUACAGACACACAGACAGUGCACUGUACUACACAUGUGCAUGGUAUGCACAUUUCAGUGUUUUGGCACAUUGGGCCCUGGCAACACAUCCAGGCUGUCUGUUAAAACCACACCGAGACUCUUCAGAGAAAAACAAUAUGGUUCCAGUACGUUUUCUUUUUAAUUAUUCAAAAGCCUAUCUCACAAAUGUGAGCAUAGGCCAGGAUGAUAAUAUUUGUGCUCUUCUUAAUAAAUGAAACAGAAACAUUUCUAGAAACACCCUUCAUCUUAAACAUUCUCUUAAUGUGUAAGAGCAAUGAGGUUUCCUGGAGUAAUGUGAUUGGGGACCUCAGUGGAUAGUUGUUGCAUGUGAUCAUUAUUUUUCUGAAUGCCUACAAUCAACUGGCCUAAAAUAACAUCACAAAAAGUAAGAUUUAAUUAUAAAAUUACAAAUUCAUUUUUGAGCAAUCAAGGAACUUGAGUGAAUAUGUGUGAAUAUAAGUUGUUUUAUCAGGAAAAUUUUCACAUAAAAUGACUGGAUUAUUCUGUAAAUCUAUAUUAACUAUUUUGCAGCGAGAUGUGAAAUACUGAAAUGAGAUACUGAAAGAUAUAUUUACUCCUAACAGUGAUAUAUUUAUUACACUUGAUAUCAUUUCUUUUUUAUUAUUAAAUAAUGUGAGUUUAGAGCUGAAGUAUGGAUUCAGUUGUCUUACCUCUUUAUGCGGGGUUAUACACAAACAGAGGAUAGAAAUUGCCUCACCUGAAUAUGAAAGAGUUUAACUGUGAACAUUCAGUUUUGUAAAUGUUUGUGUGUGUGUGUGUGUGUGCCGUGCUCCAUAUGACUCAUGUUUGAACUGCAAUAUACCAGCUUCUUAGCAUUCACAUAGAGCUGAAAUGUCCUGGUUCUGAUGCUACAUUUCCUUUUCAUGUUCCCAGUGUUGAAAAUGUUUAAAUUCUACAAAUGCACAAAGAAAAGUUUGUUUGUUUUUGUUUUUUUCUGGGAAUGAGAAAUAGAACAAAAGGCCAUUAUGUUGUAUCUAUGUUUGAGUACAGAGCAGGAAUUAGAGCCUAACUUAGUGUAAAGACCGGAAUGAGGGGAAAACAUCUAACAGAUAACUGCUUGUGUCAAAGUUCCAAAACACAUCAAAACCUCUUUAGCUCACUAAUCAACACAUGGUAUACAGUAUCAUUUGUUUAUGAAAACAAAAAAAUAAGUAUUAACUGAACCUAUUUAGUCUGAGAUCAUGUGGCCUUACACAUUUAAGGUCAUUUAGAAACCAUCUACAUUAUAUAGGGACAUAUUUAUUUGUAAAAACAAAUAUUUGCCAAUAUACCCAUAUAAGACAUUUGAACUUAUUUCAAAAUAGUAUUGAUCCUAAAACUCUAGUAUCUGUAGUACCAACAGUGCAUUUGUGUCUGUGUGGAUUAAGCUAACAAUGCAAUAUGUAUGAGCUUUCAGGUGUUGAGUGGAUUUUGAUCAGUAGUGGGGUAUUGAAGUUAUUUUUACCUUGUGUUUGUGUUGCCAUGGCAAAAUGUGGUCCUGGAGACACCUACCGUGGCAGAAACUACCAGAAGGGAGCCCCCCAUUGCUGACCAACUUUAUGCCACUUGCUGAUCACUGUAUGGCAGUUUCAAUCAUUCCCGUCCAAGACUUUAGGUAAACUGGAGACCAUGUUCUCAUGGAUCACAGCAGCCGCAACACUCGUCAACAUAUUGAUGGUCUGACCCAUGAAUACGCAGUAAUUAUUACUACAUUAUUACCUGCUGCAACAGCAUGGCUGGUAUUGUUUUCACCUAGUGUGUGUAUGUGUGUCAUCAUGACAAAAUAUGGUUCUGGGGACAUCGACUGUAGCGGGAACCAUUAGAGGUCAUUUUCAGUACAAUAGCAUCAAAACUGUGCAUGAUGCAGUCAUUAAACUUUACACCUGUGGAGUUGAGAUCAAAAUGAAGGCAGAGUCUGAUGCUGCGUGUGGUCUAACCCAUGAGUACUCAUGUAAUAAUGUCAACAUGUUGACAGGCUGGUGGGAUCCCAUCACAGAUGGUCCCUCAAGAUUGAUAUCCAUCUUCUUACCUCACUCUAUGAACUCUAUCAACUCCGACUUGAUGAUAUUUCAUACACCCAGAAAAAACUGGAACUAGAGACUACUGUACCAAAAUACAAAUUUGCUAGGAGGCCUCACUGUAAGCCUUACUAAAGGAGUAAUGAAGUAAAAAUGUACAAUUGAUGUAUGAAUCCAAUCAAAUGUUAAAUGAACAAGCCAAAGAAAUAAACAAUGUGGGGCUACACUGCACCACUUACUGCACAGAGUUAAAAAAUAAAACAAGGAAAUCAGCACAAAACUUAUGGAGAGUUCAAUUUAAAUCGAAUCAAAACUAUCUACAACACUCAAAGUUGCCUAUUUCACAGCAAACUAAAGUAAAUCAAACCACAUAGUAAACACACAUGGAAGAGGGCUACUCCACCACUCAGUGUGCCCUUUAGCACAGCAAGACACCCUGCAAGAAAAAUAAAACAGAAAAUAACCCAUUCAAUUAACUAAUUAGAAAUGCACUUGGCUCCUCUAGUAGGGUCUUUGUUUAAGAGCUAAAAAACUGAAGACAAAUCAAUGUAUAGAAGGAAACUUCACCAAAAGUAACAUAACAUAUUCAAAGUAAAUAAUAUACCCUGCUUGACUGGAGCACAGUAACUUCCCCCAAUUAGAGAACUGCAGGUGACUGGAAUCUGUAUUUACGAAGAACCAUGUUUAUUCCGCAUUAAAGAGAAUAAAAAACAUUUGCAUACUGUUUGUGCACCUUGUUUCUUGGCUGAUGUGCCUAGGCAAUCACUAAGCUUUUAUCCCUCACCAAAUCACACAUUUAACAAGUACAUAAAAACUCUUUAAUUAGAUGUUAUGAGCUAAAACAAAUAUAUCAUGGUGCCAUAAUUUCACUGUUGGAAUCAUGCUUUUAACCAUGUUGAACAAAGUAACCUACAAUCCAAGCACCAAACAAAGGCUGGCCUUACCUGCUCUCUCAGGUGUGUUUCAGUGCAGGAAGAAAGACCUAGGUGAGUUCCCCAUCCCUUUUUAUAGACUCUGCUCCCUCACCUGGGUCCCAACGCUAGACUCUUGUUUCCUCCCCUCUAAAUCUGUGUAGACAGAUGUUUAAUAUUUGCUGGACUGUUUUGGGAUCAUGACUUUAGAGGGAUCACCCACAGCCAAACUCUUUCUCACACACUCUUUUCUCAGCCCUUACCACUGUGAUCUCAUGUAGACUUCUGUUUUUCUAUUUGUUGUUUUCUGUAUAAAUGUAUAUUUGAUGGUAUACCUGUGAAUUUUAAUUUGUUAUACUGUUAUUGGUUUAUUUUGUAAAAAAAAAGAAGCAAAUGAAAACUAAAUAAAGAAAAGAAAACAUGGCAAACUUU